UUGCACACCUGUUACAACCGCACGAGUGCACGACCUAUACGGAUUUCCACAAUAGUCGUAAGUCUUAAUUGUUUAAAAAAAGAACCAACAAAUAUGUCAUUCCAACAAGUUGACUUUGCGCAAUACUGGAAUACAUUACAAGAAACUGUUAAGAAUAUUUUAUCAUUAAACACAGUUACUAUGGAAGCAUGGAAUAAAAGUUUCAAUGAUGUUUUCAUUUUAUCUAUAUCCUACCCAUCUUCUAACAGUAAAAAACUUUAUGAAUCAACUAAGUUGUUGCUAGAGGAACAUGUGCUUGAAUUAUUACACAUUGUUCAAACUGAAAAUGGUUGGAAUCUGUUACAAAUGUAUUAUAUGUAUUGGCAGCAGUAUAGUCAAUGUAUCAAACACCUAAAUUCAUUAUACCGGUACUUCAAUACGCAUAAUAUGCAGCGACAUGGGUGGAAUGGAAAUGAGUUAAUGUAUAGGAACAUAGGAUUGACUGAUACGAUUUAUAUGGAGAUCAAAGAACUGGGACUUGAUGUAUGGAAGUGUAAUAUGAUUUUACCACUGAAAGACAGUAUUUCCAAAUUAAUAUUAGUUGAGAUUGAUAAAAAAAAACAUAGAAUUUCUAAAACAACAUCUUUGAAUACCAUUACUGGUGUUAUUAACUCAUUUAUUGAAGUCCAGAAGUCCGGGAGAAAUCAACUAGAAUUGUAUCAAAGUUAUUUAGAGCAACCAUUUUUGGAACAAAGUAAAAAACACAUUAAACUUGAAGCUGCAAGAUUGCUACAAGAAUUUACGGUGUCGGAGUAUUUAGUUAAAGUAUUGCAAUACAUGAAAGAUGAAGAUUUUAGAUCAAAGAGAUAUCUUCCUGAUAGUACUUAUAACACAAUACAAUUAAUGUGUUAUCAACAUUUUGUUAUUGAUCAUUUUAAUUUGAUACGAGAGGAUUCAGUAGCAAUCAUAAAGGAAGAACAAUUUUAUGACAUGAGAAACAUUUAUGUACUUUUAAACAAGGCUAAUUAUGGAUUGAACGAAAUAGCUGAUAUUUUUAGACAACACUUAGAACAAGAUGGAAUGACAGUUAUUGAAUCUCUAAAACAAAAACAAGUUUAUCUGCAUUUUAUUGAGGCACUAAUAGAUUUUCAUAAAAAAAACGAAUCCAUAGUUCUAGAUGUGUUUAAUAAUAAUAUUUUAUUCAUUGAAGCUCUUAAUAAAGCAUUUACAACAAUUGUUAACUAUCAAAUAGUAGAAAAUCAACGAUCAAAGUCCCCAGAAUAUUUAUCAAAUUACUGUGAUAUGUUAUUAAAAAAGUCGUAUAAAAGCAUAAAUGAGCUGGCUAUUCGAUUAAUGCUUCAACAAAGCCAGUCUACUGACGUAGAAAAAAGAAUGAUUAUCAAAUUACAAGAAGUUAAUGGUUACAAGUUUACAAGUAAUUUACAUAAAAUGUUAAUUGAUAUUAGAGUAUCAAAAGGAUUAAAUGCACAAUUUCAUAAUGAAUUCCUUGAAGCAGCUAGCGAUAAAUUAAAUGUCUCUUUUUCUACGUAUGUGUUAAGAAGUGAUGUUUGGCCUUUGAAUUCAUCUACUACAUCAUUUGUUUUACCUAAACAACUAAUAUCUUGUACACAACAUUUUGAAGUAUUCUACAAAGAAAAAUUUAAUGGAAAGACGUUAACAUGGAUUCACCACAUGUCUCGAGGUAUGGUUACAUAUUUUGUUAAAUCAUUAUAA